ACUAGUAAGACUCGACUUGGGCAACUACGAUACGCGAGCGGCGCAUACUAGCUAGCCGCUCCAGGGCGCCGCGUCGAUGCGCGCCGCGUCAUGUCGCAGCGUGCUCGUGUCGGUGGAUUCAGUGCGGGAGGAACGAAGCAAAGCAGCAACGGGUGCUACUUUGUAUUAUAUGCCUCCAUCGUGCGUUUGCUUCACUCGCUCGCUCACUGUCACGGCGCUUUGAUGGUUGGAAGCAGAGCGACCAUGGAUCGCGGCGCCGCCUUCCUCCUCUCCGUCGCGCUUCUCUCCCUCGCUACCUCCCCCGCCGCCCACGCCCAGUCCCCGGCGUCCUCCCCCGCCGCUUCAACCGCCAUCCCCCCGGUUUUCUUCGCUGCCUCCCCUACUACCAAACGCACCGCCCAUGCUUCUCCCCCGUUCUCGCACAUCCACCUCGCCCCCGCCGCUUCCCCCGCCAGCUCCGCCUCCUCCUCCUCCUCCCGCGUCUCCCCCGCCGCCGCCCCUUCCAAAUCCACCUCCGCCCGUCUCGCCCCCGCCCGUCCUCCCGCCACGUCCUUCACCCCCAUCUCUUCCCCUCCCCUCUCGUUGCGCCUCUCCUCCCCUCCCGCCUCGGCUCCCGUCGCCUUCCCUCCCAUCACUGCGCCGCCGGCCGCCGCCCCGACUAUCCUCCCUCCACCCCCCGCCUCGGUCCCAACCAGCUCCCCGCCGGUUCCUCCUCCCGCAUUGCCUCCUCCGGCGCCGUCUGCAGCGCCGACUCCUGCUGCUGCGCCCCCCGCUGAGGUCCCGUCCGCAGCGCCGCCAAAAGCGAGGAAGAGCGCCGGCCCGAUCUUAUCGCCAGAACUAGCGACCCCGCCCGAGGGAGCCACCGCGCCGGCUGCCUCCCCUGGCGAAGCUGCCGAGACGAGUGGAGGCUACACAGUGAGGAAGAUGAUGAGCUUGGGGUUCUUUCUGAGCAUUGCUGCCAUCUGGUUCGUCUAGAUAAAAAGAAUGGCAUUCUCUAUGAUUUAAUUAUGCGUGAUGCCCCUUGUAGUCUGUUAGUGUUAUUUUAUCUUAUAGUAGUUGUCUGUUCUUCUUUCUUUUAUAAAGAAAGUCACCUCUCAGGAGAGAUUGGGUUGGCUUAGGAAGGCAGCUGGUCUGCUUGCUUCUUGGUUGUGGUUCAGUGUGGAGUGGGGGACUUGUACCUGGGUUUGGACAUUGUUUUACUUCACUACAUAAUGAGAGUUUUAUCUAUUAGUUUUCUGUUUAA